AUGUCUCUCCAAUCGCUCCCAGAAGAAAUUCUUCUGCGGAUUCUAUCUUACCUGCCAUUCCAUGCCGAUGCAGCAGCGUUGUCUUCACAAUGCCACCGUUGGCAUCAGCUGUGUGACAUGUCUAAUCGUCGCAAAUACCGCCGCGUGAAACUCCGAGAGACCUUGGAUUUGGCGGUGGCUUUGAGAAUGCUCCGAUCGAUCCUCAAAACACCCCAGUAUGGGGAAUAUGUUCGCUAUAUAGAGCUGAACCGAUCUCCAUCGCUCGAUUAUAGCUUUUAUGUGCGAUCAUACGAAAUCAAACCGCCGCAAAGAUCUCUCCGUCCAAAAGACCGGGACCGCCUGACUCAGGCAAUUAAAGGCGCGGGUUUUGAUAGCCCGGAAGGACAGGAAAAGGUGCUCAAUGUCUUACUACAGAGUCCGGCUACUAUGGACCACAAUGACCCACGAGCCCCGUUCCUUGCCCAGGCGUUGGCAGCAUUACUAGUCAGCGUUUCACCCCUCUUGGAAUCCUUGAGUUUUUGUCCUGUCGGCCAGGAGCUAUCGAAAUUUGCAAAACUAAAGGCCCAAUCCAAUGGAACACCCCUCGAGGAAAGCGAUUACUUCUUUAAGCAGUUCUUAGACCGGGCGAACAGUAGGUCGCAGGAGACCCUGCCUUACCUGCAUCAUCUUCGCCGGGCCCGUUUUCUUGUCGAUCCUGAUACAAGAAUCAGUUCCUGGUACAAUUACCAGCCCUAUGAUCUGUACGGCUGCCUUAAUCUGGUACGCCGGCUCCCCGCGAUCGAGUCUAUUCGAGUCGAUGCAAUUAUGGACACAGGAGGCUCGAGUAUUAUGCCCCCACCCCGAUCCGCAAAUUAUUCGAAAAUCACCAUCCGGAACUCCAAUGUAGAUUCCCGAUAUCUAGUACGAACUAUUCAGUCAGCUAAACGGCUGGAAGAGUUUAUAUAUACGAUCGGUGGGCGGGGCUCGAGCGAUGGCAUAAGCAGCUUUAUCCCAGAUCACGUCUUACGAGCGCUUCUUAUGCACGCAGAUUCGUUAGUAUAUCUAGAUUUAGAUAACGAGGCGGAACUUCCGCUUGUGCAUAUAUUCGAUCCGACUCUUAGAGAAUAUCUUCUUAACGAGAGCGAGGAUCGAUCGUCGAGAUCCCAUCCCGCCUAUCAGCAGGAGUGGGCCGAUGAACUCCAAGAGCUCCCACCAGAACAGAGCAGUCGCUCAUUGCCUGGCUCGCUUCUUGGGCUUCCGAACGUAAAGAACUUGAGCCUCGGAAUUCAUCUCCUCUACUACCUGUCGCGUGGAAUUGGCGCCGAUCAAGUCGACGAUGCGUCUUUUGCUAUUAAGGGGAUGAAACCGCAGGUCGACAGUCUUCCACAUGAUGUGUUUGAUAGGCAAAUUGAGAAAUUACUCGCCGAAAAGGAUAGGAAAUUGCCCCGAUUGUCAUACAUCGAGGGAAUUGACGAAUUUAUCGAAAACGCGACUACGAUCGAGCAGCCAGAGACCAACGAUGAGGAUCUGUGGGAGAGGGAGACAGAUGAUGAAUGGACUGAUUAUGAAUACGAUUAG